UCAAGCACGAUACGAAAACAGUUUUGCCUUCGUCGAACAGAAAAAGGUGGUGGUUUUGCUCCUUGCGAUUAUUGCCAUAAUGUGAUGUCGGCAAAACGGAGGUACAAUCAGAGCCCGUGGGACCUCAGCUCCCCUUGUCCGAGGCGGACUCAGUCUCGAGAGAAGAAAACGAGACUCGAAAUCUCGAACCUGAACAACGUGCAACACACAAAUGAAACCGAUGCUGGUAACGAAGAAAGCGAGCGCAUCACGAGCUCCGAAGAACGUGACCUGCUGAUUUGUUGCAACGAACAGCGACAGUUCCCAGCGGACAGCGACGACAGCGACCGCACGGUACCCGAUGGAUGCUUUGAAGGAGGUCCUUCGCGGUCGUCGGAAGCAUACCAUAGUGACAGGGAAGAUUGCGACGCCAUUACCACCCAUGACCGCGACGAUACUGCAUAUGACUCCCACGACACCGACGACAGCGCUGAUGAGUCGUUAUAUGAGGAAGAGCCAGCGCAGGAGGAACCUAUGGACGAUCUUGACCAGCCCCUUUACAGUGGCUCAAAAUUGACACGUCGAGAAAGUUUGCUACUUAUUCUGGCCCACAGUCUCAGGCACCAUUCUUCGAAAGAAGCAACCGAAAGCCUCCUGAGGCUUGUGGAUGCCCACAUUCCGGACACAUCCACCCUGCCACUGUCCAAAUACAUCUUCUACAACCAGUUUGCCACCUGCACAAGGAACCACACAUUUCACAGGUAUUGCCCCACUUGCCACUCAUAUCUGUUGCAAGUAGGAGACAACGAUACCACUACUCCUGCUACUGUCCUGUGCACUCAGUGUAACUGCAGUCAGAAUAUUGAAAAACUGAUGAAGUCCGGAUCAUACUUCGUUAUGUUGAACAUUGAGAGUCAAGCACGAGAUCUUUUGGAACAGUAUGGCCUGCCAACACGAAGAAAAGAGCCUACUGGUUUCCUGUGAGUGGCCGUCCUUGCUGUAAAUGUACUUCUAGCCGUGUCUUUUUUUCUCACGCUUUUAAUUUAACAUUUCGAUACAUGGGACUCGUCAACAUUAAAUGUCGUGUAAGCCUACUGGUUUCCUGUGAGUGGCCGUCCUUGCUGUAAAUGUACUUCUAGCCGUGUCUUUUUUUCUCACGCUUUUAAUUUAACAUUUCGAUACAUGGGACUCGUCAACAUUAAAUGUCGUGUAAGCCUACUGGUUUCCUGUGAGUGGCCGUCCUUGCUGUAAAUGUACUUCUAGCCGUGUCUUUUUUUCUCACGCUUUUAAUUUAACAUUUCGAUACAUGGGACUCGUCAACAUUAAAUGUCGUGUAAGCCUACUGGUUUCCUGUGAGUGGCCGUCCUUGCUGUAAAUGUACUUCUAGCCGUGUCUUUUUUUCUCACGCUUUUAAUUUAAC